AUGGAGUUCGUUCCGGCCUCGCAGACGGCCAGCGAGGGCCGCGAUGUGUUCAUCAACCAUCGAGGCGCCUACUGGCUCAACCCUGUGCCACACGGCACGUUUCGCUCACGCAGCGCCUGCAUCACGAUGGGACCGACAGACAGCAUCGAUCCUUUUGGCAACCCCAAGCUACCCGACAGGCCCAAUGUGUUUGGCAAGUCGCGUUACGGCACCGCACGCAACGGGCCCAACGCCGCACAGGAGCUCACAAACGCCGAUUACGCUCCUGAGGCGGUGGGCGGUGGUGGGCAUAGCGGCGGUGGAGCGCGAGGCGUGGAUGUCUCUGGCGCGUGUCCUGAGAUGCAUACAAAUGACAGCGGCGACGUUGACCCUCAGGAUCCUUCGGCCUUGUCCGCGGUGCCGCCCACGGACGCACGUGAUGACGCCGGUUCUGCUGUGGUCACCGGCGACAAGGUGCCCUAUUCCGCCGAGACUGUGGUCCGUGAGAAACUUCCACUUGGCACUGCUCAUCCCGAGCGUUGCGUUAUGCACCCAGGCAACCACACCGCGCGCAUCCCUCCCACAGGUGGAUCCGCCUACAAUGGCACUGUCAGUGAGUCAUGGACAGCGCCAAGGGCUGUGAACAACACGUAUCUGCGCCUCGCCCCACUGUAUGAGAGCACAACGCAAUACCAACUGCGCACUGGUCGCUACUACACAGAGGAUGAAGCACCGGCGCAUGACAUGAGGCUGCCGCUCAAAAGUUCCCUAUGCACACGGGAAUGGUAG